GGGAUGGACUUGAAGCAGACCAGGACCAGGUCACGACCUCCGAGCAAUCCCGCCCGUGGCAGAGGGAUGGAUACAGGAGGAGAGCCAGAUGUGAGGAGGCCGGCAGGCCCAGGCAAGAUGGAUGGAUGGAUGGACGGAUCGUAGUCAAACUAGCCAGUUGUCACCGUGGGGGCAGCGAGAGAGGUCAAACAAGCCGGGGGUCAGGACAGGAUGAAGGCAGCGUAGUCAGGGCAAUCCGGGUCAAAAACAGGAGAAGGCAGCGUAG